CCCAGCACAGGCGGCACGGAAGAGGCCACGCCCCCCGCUCCGCUCCCCCGGCCCCUCCUCGCAGCCAGCAGCCGGCUCGGAUGCUGCAGCCGGAGUGCCUUUGUAGGCCGGUGGUGGAAUCGCGCCUGUUGUUCGCCCGAGGCGAGGAUGGAGGGACCAAGCUUGCUGGAGGUUGGCAGCUCCCUGCUGGAGAAAGUUGCGGGCGCUGGUGGUAGUGGCGGCUGCUCCUUCUCGCUGCUGCUGGCCCUCUCCGCCUUCGUGCUCAGCUUGGGCUACUUGCUGCAGUUGAGCUCCCGCAGCCGACAUCAGCCCGGCGCCGGGCAGGAGUAUCCACCUUAUAUUUCAUCAAAUAUUCCCUUCUUUGGACAUGCAGUUGCAUUUGGGAAAAGUCCUAUCGAAUUUUUAGAAAGUGCAUAUGACAAGUAUGGUCCUGUAUUUAGCUUCACUAUGGUGGGAAAGACAUUUACCUAUCUUGUGGGCAGUGAUGCUGCUGCUCUCCUCUUCAAUAGUAAAAAUGAAGAUAUGAAUGCAGAGGAUGUGUAUUCACGGUUAACCACACCCGUUUUUGGCAAAGGAGUAGCGUAUGAUGUACCUAACCCAGUAUUUUUGGAACAGAAGAAAAUGCUAAAAACUGGGCUGAAUGUUGGCCAAUUUAAAAACCAUGUACCAAUCAUUGAAAAAGAAACUGAGGAAUACUUUAAAGCUUGGGGAGAGAGUGGAGAAAGAAACAUGUUUCAGGCACUUUCAGAACUAAUCAUUUUGACAGCGAGUCAUUGUUUACAUGGGAAGGAGAUUAGAAGCAUUCUCGAUGAAAAGGUGGCUCAACUGUAUGCCGACCUAGAUGGAGGAUUUACCCAUGCUGCUUGGCUUUUGCCAGGAUGGCUGCCUUUGCCCAGCUUCAGGCGCAGAGAUAGAGCCCACAAUAAAGUAAAAGCUAUUUUCUAUGAAGUAAUCCAGAAACGGCGUCAGUCUUUGAGAAGAGAGGACGACAUGCUUCAGACGCUUCUGGAUGUUACUUACAAAGAUGGGCGGUGUCUGACAGAUGAUGAAAUAGCUGGAUUGCUUAUUGGCCUGCUGUUAGCAGGCCAACAUACAUCUUCAACUACAAGUACUUGGCUUGGCUUCUUUUUGGCUAGAGACAAAUCCAUCCAGGAGCGAUGUUAUGCUGAGCAGAAAGCAGUGUGUGGAAAAGACUUGCCUCCAUUAAACUAUGACCAGCUCAAGGAUAUGAGUUUGCUGGACCAUUGCUUGAAAGAAACCUUGCGACUUCGACCUCCUAUAAUGACUAUGAUGAGAAUGGCUAGAACUCCCCAAACUGUAGCUGGCUAUACAAUUCCACCUGGUCACCAAGUUUGUGUAUCUCCAACUGUCAAUCAUAGACUUAAGGACUGUUGGGCAGAAAGCUUAGAGUUCAAACCAGACCGCUACAUCCAAGAAAACCUUGCAGCCGGAGAGAAGUUUGCAUAUGUACCAUUUGGUGCUGGUCGUCACCGGUGUAUUGGAGAGAACUUUGCUUACGUUCAAAUUAAGACUAUUUGGUCAACUCUUCUGCGUUUGUAUGAAUUUGAUUUGGUGGAUGGAUAUUUUCCUACCAUAAACUACUCAACUAUGAUCCAUACUCCCCAAAACCCACUUAUUAGAUACCAAAGGAGAUCACAUUCUGAGACGCAACUUUCUCCAACUAAACUGUAGAGAAAUGCUUCUUUAGUUAUGCAAAGAUGAUUAAAGAAGAGCUGGUCACGGGCAGUAGUAUUGUGAGGAAAUGUGAAAAUGUUUCUCUUAGAAUUCUUAUCCUGUCUUUCUUAAUAUUUCUAACUUUUUAAACUUGGAUAAGCCCCACAAUUCAAACAUAGUCAAUUUGGAAAUAAAAGUUAAUGUGUGUACAAAACUAAUCUUGGGUUGGUUCAUAAAUUACCUGCCACCUUUUGAUACACAUAGAUUGAUUAGGAAUAGGAGCAAUCUGUCUUGUCCUUUACACUAUUAAAAACGAAAAAACCAGGGUUGAGAUUCACUGAGGACUGUAAAAAUUGACAUCAUUAUGACUUGUAAAACUUGCCAUAUUGUAAUGCUCUAAGAUUAAACUAAAGGUUAUGGAUUAUGAGCACCAUAUACAUGCCUUGGAAGGUGUCAAGUAUUUUAAGAACUGACACAUUUCCUGUAUCUUUUAGAAAUUUGACAUUUUCUGCAGUUUAAUAGGUGAAUGUUUAGAAUUACUGAUUAAAAUGAAUCUUGUUGCCCACCUCACCAUCUGAGAUCUCUGUAUGUAUGAACUUAAUGUGAUUGGUGUUUGUUGUACUGAAGGUGUUUCAGGCACUAGAGAGAAUACCUUUUUACAGCAUCACUCAGCUCUGAACCAAGAAGAAUAAAGGACAUGACAAAUGACUUAACUACUUAGCAUGUAUAGCUUUACUCCUGUGUGGAUUCGUAAUUAAACAUUUAUGUCUUUAUGACCUGCUGGAAUAUCAAUAAAGUUUUUAAUGAAAUACA